GAAGUUACUCAAGGUGCUGCACCACUCUGUGCGACACAUCCAAUGCAAAUCGCUAUUUACUGGUUUUCUCAGUUCACUGCCGGGGGAUGAACUCCUGAGGAGCGAAUGAAGAAACAAAUUUUGCUUUUAUUCACAUUCAGAGGAUUAGUAAGCAAAGGGAAAAAGAGUAAAAAGAGAAAAUGGCCAGUUUUAUAUUACGGAAAGCUGAACCCAACGACGUGUCCGAUAUCCUGCGACUCAUAAAGGAACUUGCUAAAUUUGAAGAGAUGGAGGAGAAGGUCAUGCUGAGCGAGAAAGAUCUACUUGAAGAUGGCUUUGGGGAACAUCCUUUCUACCACUGUCUGGUUGCUGAAGUCCCAAAGGAGCAGAGCUCUGAAGGAUACACUGUGAUUGCGUUUGCCAUGUACUACUUCACGUAUGACCCUUGGAUCGGGAAGCUUCUCUACUUGGAAGACUUCUAUGUCAUGCAGGAGUUUCGUGGUUUUGGCAUUGGUUCACAAAUCCUGAAGGUUCUGAGUGAGACGGCAGUGAAGACUCGCUGUAGUGGCAUGCACUUCAUCGUGGCGGAAAACAACACAAAGUCCAUUGAGUUCUACAAGCGAAGAGGAGCAGCUGACCUCUCCUCCGAGGAGGGCUGGCGUCUUUUUGAGAUUGAGAAGGAGGAACUGCUGAAAAUGACUACCAAAUAGAGUUUACAGUGAAAUGACUUGUACUUUUAUGACUUGACAUGAAACUAAUAAUCCUGUUUUGUUUGAUCAGUGACACAGACCUAAUAAAUACAUUUAAAAAUCAA